UCUCUCAGAGAGCGGCUUCCAUCCUAAUCGAUCCAUAACGGUAUCACUUGUCUGCAAUUCCAUUUCAAUUCGGGCAGCUCUCCUUUCGAAAGCCCAAUUCCGAAGCAAUUUUGAAAGCGUUGGUGUCCGUGUUACAAAGUAAACAGAUCCGAUUUUAUUAGUGUAAAGAACAGGAUUGAUGUUUUAUCUGCUUGAAUUGACAGCUUUGACUCUGGAAUGCUAUGACUGUACAGACAUUCCCGGAUACUCAGGUGUAGGUAAAUGCAACGAUGAGAACAUCAGAAGCAUCACUUGUGAUACGUUCUUGGACAGAUGUAUGACGAUCAAGGGAACAAUGGCAGUCCCUAAUGCUGGAUCAUUGGACUUCCAGUUGAAAAAUUGCUCCAGCAGCAUUGUGUGUAGCCCGGACAGUCCAUACAAUAUGUGCAAAAUUUUAAACGGCACCACAGGAAUGUUGUCAAAAUGCGAGAUCGACUGCUGCGAGGGUGAUAACUGUAAUGCAGCUGCCCGUAUCUCUGGUUUGGUAGCAAGUUUGGUCGCCGUUUUGUUGGCUUUGGUCCUGAAUUAGUUUCCAGGAGUUUAGUGAACUGUGUGCUUGUCUCAUUAUGAGUUCUAUGUUCUUGUUAGUUUGAUUACACAAACCUGGCAGGGUUUGAAAGGCCAGAGAAGGAAUUGCACGUUUUUCAUUUCUAACUAGCUAUGCAUUUAAGAUUUCAAAUAAUCAUUUUCUUUAGAUAUUUCAGUACAUUUAUUUCGAUGUUACUACGCGGAGAACCUUGUGGACUGUGCAAAAACCAACAUCUUGUUUAAGAAAUACUGGGUGCCUAAAAAAAUGUUUUUAACAGUACUUUUUGUGCUUGACACGAUUUUGAGUUGGGAAGGACAAUAAGAAUGGUAAUUAGAUAAGGCAAUGUAAUUUGCAGUUGUAAUGCUUCAUUUUUUAAUAAAUGUUUUCACUACUAUUAUUGUUAUGAUGCGCGAUACCUUUCUCCGUGGUACGUGAAUAAGUCAAGAUGUUGACCGUUUCAGGAAAAACUUUUUCCCCACUCACUGUCUGACUCGAUUCAAACGUCCAGAAAUCAUGCACGCUGAUGUAGUUCGCAACCCCGGGGGAGGGGGGGGAGGGGUG